AUGGUCCAUACCCUCCAGCAAGAAGAAGACGUUCUCGAGUUUAUUAUGAGUAGCCUAAAGCCAGUCGUUGUACAUUACUGGAGCCCCUUGAUGGGGCCAGAGUCGCCACUCAUGCCUCUGUUCUUGGAGGCCGAAGAAAACCGUGGAAAUGAGGUUGAAUUUGUCAUUGUGGAUAGUGGAUUUAUCCAUCCCCAACAUUACCCAGAUGAGAUGCCCUUGACGGUUCUCUAUAGGGAGGGUGAGGAGGUAGAGACCGCUCCGUUCCAUCCCGAUGAGAUCCAAGCACUUAUUGAGAGAGCAUAA